ACCAAUCUGGACACCUGCAGAAGGCACAGCUGGUUCGUGCAAAAGGAACGGUGAUGCGACAUUGGAUUUCGCUGCCUCCCCCAGAUGUUGUUCGAGAGCCCUGCUGAUCCCCGACUCUCAAAUAGAAACGCUGCUCCCCCUAGCAGACAGCAUGUUGUGUGACCAGACCUUCGCUGAACAUCUUGGCUCUAAUCCGUCCUCUCGUUUUCACCCUUCGAUUCGUCCAUCAUGAAGUUCAUUGCUGCUCUUUUGCACCUCGGUGCUGCCGCUCUUUCGUUCUCUGCUGUGUCGGCGCAAACAAUUGCCCAGAUCAAUGGAAACCGCUUCAUCUCUCCCUACCGCAACCAGAAUGUCUACAAUGUCACAGGGCUAGUCACUGCCGUCGGCUCAGGUGGGCUGUGGAUUCGCUCUACCACACCGGACUCGGAUAUUCGCACCUCAGAGUCCGUCUAUGUCUUCGGCCGUAUCACCACCAAUGUUACAUUGACCACAGGAGACAUCAUUGUGCUCGAUGGUAUUGUUUCCGAGUACCGCUCCAACUCGGCGUAUCUUUAUAUGACAGAGAUCUCUCGACCUACCAACGUCAAGGUCCUAUCCCGAGGAAACGAGGUGAAACCGGUGGUCCUUGGGAAACAAGACACCAGUCCACCCACAGAGCAGUUCACCUCCCUCGACAACGGCGAUGUCUUUGGUGUACCGAACAAUGUCAGCCUGGUUUCUGCGGUGAAUCCCGUGCUCCAACCAUGGUCCUACGGCCUUGACUUCUGGGAGAGUCUGUUGGGUGAACUAGUCACCGUCAAAAGCCCCAACGCUGUCGCCAAGCCUAACUCAUACAAUGAGACCUGGGUGGUUGGGAACUGGAGAAAGACUGGCAAAAACAACAGAGGAGGCUUGACUCUGACUCCAGGAGAUGGGAAUCCGGAAGCCAUUGUUGUUGGUGCACCCCUUGACGGUACCAUCAACCCAGAUGACAUCAAGCUUGGGGAUGAUCUCGAGGACAUUACCGGUGUCGUGUACCAAGAAUUUGGUGCUUACUACAUUCUUCCAUUGACAGCGCUCUCGGUCAUCGACUCGAAGCAGCCGGCAUUGCCAGAUCCGAUCAACUGGAACUCGAAAGGGAGCUGCAAGAAAAUCACGGUCGGGCAGUAUAACGUUGACAAUCUGGCUUCAAACUCCACCACCCUACCGGGCAUCGCCUAUGAUAUUGCCUAUUACCUCAACUCUCCGGACCUGGUAUUCUUGCAAGAAAUUCAAGACAACAGUGGUCCUACCGACGACGGCGUGGUCAGCGCGAAUGUCACGUUGGAGACGCUUGUGGCGGCGAUCGAAACCGCCGGUGGUGUGUCGUACAGCUACCUCGACAUUGACCCGAUCAACGACGAAGACGGCGGCGAACCCGGCGGUAACAUCCGCAUCGCCUACCUCUACAAUCCGGCGGUCCUAAACCUCAAGAACCCCAACCCAGGCUCCUCCCUCGAAGCCAACGAAGUGCUCCCAGGCCCGUCACUGAAGUACAACCCCGGCCGCAUUGACCCCACAAAUCCAGCCUGGCAGGACAGCCGCAAACCACUGGCCGCAGAGUGGGAAACGGUCAAGGACAAAUCUACUCUUUUCACGGUGGUCGUCCACUUCACCUCCAAGGACGGCAGCUCCUCGAUCGAAGGCGACCCGCGCCCGCCCGUCAACCUCGGCGUGGAUCAGCGCAACGCCCAAGCAAAUGUGACGGGGUCAUUCGUCUCCCAAAUCCUCGCCGAGGAUCCCCACGCCGCCGUCAUCGUCGCAGGAGACUUCAAUGAAUACUCGUUCGUGGAGCCGCUGGAAACAUUCGCCGCGGUCUCGGGGCUCGUGAACAUGGACGACGCCGCGGGCAUUGCGCCCACCGAGCGGUACACGUAUAUCUUUGACAUGAGCUGUGAGGAGUUGGACCACAUGUUUGUGAGUCCCAAGAUCGCAGGCACGCCCGGAGCCAGGCCGGAUUUCAAACACGUGCAUGUGAAUACAUGGGUCACGUACGCGGAUCAAAAGUCGGAUCAUGAUCCAAGUGUCGCGAGAUUGAACAUUUGCUAGACUGGACCAUUGUUAUGUACCUGCGGUCGAAGGCGACCAUGAUCGUGUACUCCGUAAUGCUUGGGGCUUAACGUUGCAUGUCUGGCUGCUAUUUAAAUCGCUCCGCUACAACGCAAAUUGGAUGGCAGACUUGAUAGCCAACUCGGGACAUUAGCUACUUAUGACAAUUUAAU